AUGCCCCCGGCCACAAACACAUACCGUCUCGGCGCAGACGUCGGCGGCACAUUCACCGACGUCUGCGCCCUCACUCCCAAUGGCUACAUAACGCGCACAAAAGUCCCCACCACACCCCACGACCAAAGCAUUGGAAUCCAGAACGGGAUCCGAAAGAUCCGUGAACAGCUCGGCUGGACCGACGGAGAUAAAUUCCAGUAUAUUCAUCAUGGAACCACGAUUGCUACGAACGCGGUGCUGGAAGGGAAAGGCGCCCGGACCGGGCUGAUCGUCACGGCGGGACAUCGUGAUAUCCUGGCGGUUAGGCGGUCGCAGAUCCCUGGGGGACUUGGGGCUUGGUUGCAUUAUUGUCCGCCGGAGGCGGUGGUGCCGUUGGAGAGGGUUAUUGAGUGUUUUGAGAGGAUGGGGGUUGAUGGAGGGAGUGUGGGGGAUGUGGAUGCGGAGAGGUUGAGGGGGUGUUUGGGCGGAUGGAAGAGAGGCGAGGAGAGGCCGGAGGCGGUGGUGAUUUCGCUGUUGAAUUCGCAUUGUAAUGAUGCUCAUGAGGCGUUGGUUGCGGAGAUCGUGGCUGAGGAGCUGGGGGGCGAGGUGACGAUUAUACGCUCGAGUGAGGUGAUGAGGGAGGUGGGGGAGUAUGAGCGGACGGUGACGGCGUGUACGAAUGGGCUGGUGAAGCCGGUUGUGCAGAGUUAUUUGGGGAAUCUGCGAGAGCUGCUGGCUGACGACGGGGAUACGAUUCGUAUCCUGAAGUCGGAUGGCGGGUUGACGAGUCUCGAAUUGGCGGGUGAGCUGCCCGUGAAUAUUCUGAUGUCUGGGCCGGCUGGAGGAGUCCAGGGGGUGGCGGAUGUCGUGACGCGCCAUACUCCGUAUAAGAAAUUGAUUACGUUCGAUAUGGGAGGGACGUCGACGGACUGUGCGCUGAUUUAUCAAGGUAAGCCUCAAUUGCGUCGCGAGACGGUGGUUGAUAUCCGGACGGUUGGAGCUGGAGGAGGUUCGAUCGCUCGGUAUAUGGAUAUCACGGAGACGAUGCGAGUAGGACCGGAAAGCUCGGGUGCGAGUCCAGGCCCCGCGUGCUAUCAGAAAGGUGGGAAAGAUGCCACGGUCACGGACGCGAAUCUUGUUCUAGGCUAUCUUCCCGAGAGCUUGCUCGGAGGUGACUUUAUGCUGGGCGUGCAAGAAGCAGCGGUUGCAGUCGAGAGCAUUGCGUCGCAAAUGAGGCUCAGCGUGACGCAAACAGCGGAAGACAUUAUCAACUUGGUGAACGAGACCAUGUAUGGAGCACUACGGCUUGUGUCUGUGGAGCAGGGAUACGACCCCAAAGACUUUGCUCUGGUCGCCUUCGGAGGUGCUGGUCCAUUACAUGCAAAUGCAAUUGGCAAGCUACUUGGAGCUUGGCCAGUCAUUAUUCCUCCAUCACCUGGAACUCUGUGUGCGCUGGGAGACGCAACGACCAAGUUGACACACAGCCAGUCCUCGUCCUUAAUCCGACUGCUCUCUGCAACGGCAUCGUCAGACGUCAAGAGCCGAUUCGAUGAGCUCGAGGAGUCAUGCAAAAGAACAAUCCAAGAGUCAAACUCGAAAAAGCCAAUGGAUCUUAACAUCGGUUAUCAUAUCGACCUUCGAUACAAGGGGCAGGCUCUGACUCUGACUGUCGAUUUGAAUGAAGCCGAUUUAUCGCUGGAGGACCAGCCAUGGAGAGAAGCAUUACAGUCUAAGUUUGAUCUUCAACAUGAGCAGCAAUUCGGAUACUGUCUUCCGACUUUUGAACUGGAGCUCAUGCGACUAGAAGUGGUUGCGGUCGAUGCUUCCCCCGAUAUUGAACUUCCACGGCUGAGCGAAGCCAGUUCACGACUACCCCCUAACGCCGCGGAGGUUUCAAUAAAGAAGAUCAUCAUUGAUGGCCAACAAAUGGAAGCUGCUCUCUGGGAUCGGGAGAAACUGAACCAAGCCGGACUCCGUGUCAAUGGUCCAUGUAUCAUCACCGAGAUGGAUAGUAACACACUCAUCCUUCCUGGCUGUUAUGGAGAGAUCGAUGCGAUUGGCAACAUCCUGAUCCGUCCGGAUGAAUAUGCACCUCCAACACAGCCAAAGGACCAGUCUCGAGGUGAAGCGUUAGAUACCAUCAAAUCGACCCCCCUGAUCCCUACAUUGGUGGCCUCCGCCCUCGCAUCGAUCCGCAGCGAGAUGGACACCCUCAUGCUGCGCUGUAGCAUGUCGCCAGCAAUCCGCGAGCAACAAGACGAGUUCAACGUGAUCACCACUGCGGACGGCAAAAUGCUCGUGGGUCAAUUCGGCAGUUUCAUUACGCAGUUUCUCGAAGCAUGGACGGGGUCCAUCGAGGAAGGCGACGUUUUCAUCACCAACGACACCUACAUGACCAAAGGGGCCGUGACGCAUCUAAACGAUGCGAUCGUCCUCCUCCCCAUCUUCCACGACCAUCGCCUUAUCGGCUGGGCCUCACAGUUCGGCCAUCUAACCGACGUCGGAGGCAUGGUGCCCGGCAGCAUGUCGAUCAACGCGACCUCCGUGUUCGACGACGGAGUCCAAAUCCCAUGCAUCAAGCUCUACGCCAAGAGCGUUAUGAACACCGACCUCGUGGACCUCCUUUGUCGCAACUCCCGCCAGCCAGACUGGUACCGCUCCGACCUCAUGGCCAUCAUCUCCGCCUGUCGCACGGCAUCCCGACGCGUCUGCGAGCUCGCCACUCGCUUCGGCACCGAAAUCUUCCUCGCCUCGUGCGCCGAACUCCUCCUCCGCAACCGUACCGGAAUGGCACGAAUCAUCGCUACAGACUUCGACGACAAACCCUGCACAUUCACCGACUUCGUCGACGACGACGGCCACGGUACUGGUCCCUGGGCCCUAACCUGCACCAUGACCAAGACCCCAGACAACCGCCUCCGCUUCGACUGGUCCGGCACGUCGCCCCAAAGCGAACACAGCAUUAACUUCUACCUCUCCGAAACCAUGUUCAAGAUGUUCAUCGGGUACUACAUGAUCGCGGCUGCCGCGCCAGGGACGGUAAUCAACGACGGCUUCCACGAUCUCAUCGACAUCCACAUCCCGGAAGGAACGGUGCUCAAGCCCGUCCGUCCAGCCGCUAUAUCCUGCCGGACGCACAUCCUCGGCCGGACCAUGGACGUGAUGCAAGCCCUCAUCGGGCAGAAGAACGAAACCUACGCCGCCGCGGCCGGGUUCAGUGACUCCCCCCAUUUCUUCUACUCAGGAUACAAGCCCGACGGGGAAUGGUACCAGCUCUAUCAGAUCGGGUUCGGGGGUGUGCCGGCGCGGAAUGCAGGGGACGGAUUAGAUUGCCACUGCCUAUUUCCAGCGAUCAAGUCCAUCCCGACGGAGAGUAUCGAGUUGAACUAUCCGCUGCGGAUCGAGGCGAACGAGAGCGUUCCGGAUAGCGGAGGGGCGGGGUUCUAUCGGGGAGGGAAUGCGCAGCGCACGCUGUAUCGGUUUCUGUGUCGCGGGGAGUUCAGUCUUCAUGACGAUCGGUGGUUCACGAAGCCGUGGGGGAUUAGAGGCGGGAAGCCGGGGUCUCGAUCGCGGAAGAUUCUAUAUCGGUAUUCGAAGUCGAAGGGGGAUCCUCCGGUCCGGGUUCUCCCGUCGAAAUGCGAUCAUGUUCGUGUCGAUCCUGGUGAUCUCCUCGAAUGGGUUACCUGGGGAGGCGGGGGACUUGGCGAUCCCUUGACGCGACCUGCGGUGAAGGUCGCUCUGGAGGUUCGGCGAGGGCUGGUUACUGUUGAUGGUGCUCGUGAGAAUUAUGGCGUCGUCGUGACUCCUGAGAGAAGCGUUGCUCACGGGGACACAGAAGCCCUAAGAGAGGAGAUCCGGAAAACGAGGGAUGAAGCGGGUCAACCACCACAGUACGAUCGAGGGGGAUCGAUCGCGCAAUUGACGGACUCAUGCUUCGAUGAAACUGGUUUAGACGCCCCUCGUCCGCAAUGGGAACUAGAUCCCUAUGGACCACAUGUGAAACUGCCGUAUGUGAGGGACUGGUUUGCGCAUAUGCGGGUAGUCAAAGGCUGGGACUCGUUGUAAGAUCGAGGGGCUCGACGCGUCCAUGUGGGGAGCAUCGUCAUAUUUUCUAUCACUCCUUAAAGUGGGACAGUCGUGAUACACUUGGAGGCGGAAUGACAUCGGUAUCUAGAGUCGGUUGCAGUGGGUCUCUACGUAAUGUUGGAAAUCCGACAAUGCACUCGUAACCGAACCACCGCCAAUUAUAAU